AUGCCUAGAUUGGGCGGUCCAAGAGCAUCAAAAAGAAGAGUAUUGGCAAGCGUGAUACACUCAGAAUUGCUAUACAGCGCCCCCGUGUGGCACGUUGCAAUGUCCAAAGUAACAUAUAAAAAAAAGUUAACGAGUUUCCAUGGAAAGGUGAACCUAAAAGUGUCCAGUGCAUAUAGAACUGUUUCCUCAGACGCGUUGAAUGCAAUAUCUAGUAUUCUCUCUAUUCACAUCUUAGUAGAAGAACAAGCUGACAGAUACAACAAGAUACCGAAAGAUGCUGCAAGAGCAAAUUUGAUGCACAAAUGGCAAGAAGAAUGGAUGCAAGGAAAAUCUGGUAGGUAG